AUGAAGGGCGGGCAGACCGCGACGACGCGAAGGCGGAGUAAGGCGAUAGAGUUUUUAUUGAGUCUGAGGGGAGCGAAAGGGGGGAGCGGGACGAUUUGGAUGUGGCACCUCAGGCGCUCAUCCCCACUGGUGGCUUCUGCCGGCUGGUGAUCAUUGUCGCCGUCCUUGCCAUCACCUUCUGAGCCAGUCUCAUCCGAGUCGUCCUCCUCCAAGUAGCGGUACCCGCGCAUCUUAUGGCGCGGGCGGGGGAUGCGGGGCAGGCGGUAUGCCACGCGCCACGCCAGCUUGCGCUCCAUCCACAGGGCCACCACGCUCUCCGUGGAGACCGGCAGCUCCUCGUCACACCUCGGCAUGCACCAGCCCCUCGAGCCUCCUGGGCAGCAGCUCCCGGGUUACGGCAAGGGCAGUGAUGCCGGGAAAGCUGCUGGAUGCGGCGCGAGCAGCGGGAGCAGCGGCGGCAUCGGGAAGGGGCCGGAGAUCUGCAGCGCCCUAAGUGGGAAUCCCUACGCCGGGCUGGUGAGCCACCUGCGGGCAGCCUGGCUCUCGGGGAAGACGCGGCCCUUGGAGUACCGGGUGGCCCAGCUGGAGGCACUGGGACGCUUCUUGGAUGAGAAGAAGCAGGACAUCCUGGAGGCCACGGCCUUGGACAUGAGCAAGCCAUCCUUUGAGGCUUACUUCACCGAGAUCCUCCUCUGCAAGAACGAGCUCAACGACACCCUUAACAACCUCUGCCACUGGAUGAAGGAUGAGCACGUGGACAAGAAUCUGGUGACGCAGCUGGACUCGGCCUUCAUCCGCAAGGACCCGUACGGGGUGGUGCUCAUCAUCGCGCCCUGGAACUACCCCAUCCACCUCUUCCUGGUGCCCCUCAUCGGGGCCAUCGCUGCCGGUAACUGCGUCGUCGUCAAACCCUCAGAGACAUCCAAGAACACUGAGAGACUUGUUGCUGAAAUGCUGACGUGCUACCUGGACAAUGACUGCUUUGCCGUGGUGACCGCUGGCGUGCAGGAGACCACCAGGCUGCUGGAGAACAAGUUCGACUUCAUCUUCUUCACCGGCAGCCCCUCCGUGGGGAGGAUCAUCAUGACAGCUGCUGCCAAGCACCUGACUCCAGUGACGCUGGAGCUGGGGGGCAAGAACCCCUGCUACGUGUCCGACCACUGCGACGUGCAGAACGUGGCCCGGCGGGUGGCCUGGGGCCGCUUCUUCAACGUGGGGCAAACCUGCAUCGCGCCCGACUACCUGCUCUGCAGCCUGGAGAUGCAGGAGAAGCUGAUGCCCGCCCUGCGCGAGGCCAUCACCGAGUUUUUUGGCCCCAACCCGCGGGAAUCCCCCGACUUUGGCCGCAUUGUGGGGGACAAGCAGUUCCGCCGCAUCCAGGCGCUGCUGCGCAGCGGGCGAGUGGCCAUCGGAGGACAGACGGACGAGAAGGAGCGCUACAUCGCUCCCACGGUGCUGGCGGACGUGCUGCCCUCCGACCCUGCCAUGCAGGAGGAGAUCUUCGGGCCCAUCCUGCCCAUCGUCGUUGUGGCCAACAUGGACGAAGCCAUUGACUUUAUCAACGCGCGGCCGCGGCCGUUGGCCAUCUACGCCUUCUCCUGUGACAGCAAGGUGGUGAACCAGGUGCUGGAACGGACAAGCAGCGGCGGCUUCUGCGGCAACGACACCCUGAUGCAUGUGACGUUGACCUCGCUGCCCUUCGGUGGGAUCGGAAACAGCGGUUUGGGGAAAUACCACGGGAAAUUCACUUUCGACACCUUCACCCACCACCGCGGCUGCCUGCACCGCAACAUGGGCCUGGAGGCCCUCAACUCCCUGCGCUACCCGCCCUACAGCCAGCAGAAGCUGGGGCUGUUGACGGCCACCUUCGAGAUCAAGCGCAAGGGCAUGUGCACCCUGCUCUGAGCGUCCCCCCGCGCUGCUCAUGGACUGGUGGGGGUCCCCCCGCCUCUCUUCGGGGAGCAGAACCCACCCUCCUCCCCCGGGAGGCUGCUCCCCUCUUCCACGUCCUUUGCCUCGCUGCCCGCCCUGCUGCGCGUCAGAGGGUGGGGACGGACAUCUCCUCCUGCCCCCUCGCUCCUCCCCAGCUGCCUCUGCUCCACGCCGUUUGGUGGGAAACAUCUGAAAUGGCAAAAAAGUUCUUUUUUUCCCCGUACUUCUCUUCCCAGUGGAGAAACAGUCCCCAUGAGGCUGAGGACCGGCAGUGAGACCCAUCACCCGUUAGACAGAGCUUUCCUUUAUUCUCCCUCAGCGCCUGUUGUUGUUUUUUCCUCCGUGUACCCCUGCCUGUAGUAAAAACUUUGCAUUGAGCUCUCCUG